AUGGCUGCAACAGAUGCCGGUUGGGUGAUCUGCAGGAGGACGCGAGACUGCAACAUCUUUUUCAGGAUUUGUCUGAAGCAUUCGGAAGACGUCAUCUCCGCUGAGCCUCCGUGCACCUUCGGAACCGGACAGACGAAUGUCCUGCGAGCGGACCAGAGCUCUAUAGCCAGCAGCGCAGCCAUCCGGGUGCCUUUCCACUUCAAGUGGCCGGGGACGUUUUCUCUUAUUAUUGAGGCAUGGAAUGCUGAGUCUCCAAAAGAGCAUCAUGACUACACAGAGAAUCAAAACAACCUAAUCAGUCGUUUAGCAACACGAAGGCGCUUGGCGAUUGGAGAAGACUGGUCUCAGGAUGUACAUUUUGGAGACCAGAGUGAGCUCCGUUACUCGUAUCAUGUUUUCUGUGAUGAGUUUUACUUCGGUGAGGCAUGUUCAGAUUACUGCCGUCCUCGUGACGAUACACUGGGACACUACACCUGCGAUGAGAAUGGAAACAGGGUAUGCCUGGAGGGAUGGCAGGGAGACUACUGCUCUGACCCCAUCUGCUCUUCAGACUGCAGCGAGCGUCACGGUUACUGCGAGUCACCUGGUGAGUGCAAGUGUCGUCUGGGAUGGCAGGGGCCAUCCUGCAACGAGUGUGUGCAUUACCCGGGAUGCCUACAUGGAACCUGCUCGCAGCCAUGGCAGUGUGUGUGUAAGGAGGGCUGGGGAGGCCUCUUCUGUAACCAGGACCUCAACUACUGCACCAACCACAAACCCUGUGCUAAUGGCGCCACCUGCACCAACACCGGACAGGGCAGCUAUACCUGCACCUGCCGGCCAGGAUAUGGGGGCACAAACUGUGAGCUGGAGAUUAAUGAGUGUGAUUGCAACCCCUGCAAGAAUGGUGGCAGUUGCAAUGAUUUGGAGAAUGAUUACUCCUGUACAUGUCCUCAGGGAUUCUAUGGGAAGAACUGUGAGAUCAUUGCGAUGACAUGUGCGGAUGACCCCUGCUUUAAUGGAGGGACAUGUGAGGAAAAAAUCACUGGUGGCUACGUCUGCCGCUGCCCCUCAACCUUUACCGGAUCCAACUGUAAAAAAAAAAAAAACGAGCAUCUGACUUUGCGCAUGUAA